UGUGCUCAUCGUUUCUGCCUCUUUCGUACGGACCAACCUGUGUGGUGCUCGCUCCCUGAAUGAACCUUCACAUCCUCGUCGAUCCGUGUUCGUCUUUCUUCUCUAGUCAGCCAGUCAGUCAGUUAGCUAUCGGAGUUUCCUUGAACCGUCGCGGGUGCUAUUUUCUAUGCCAUUUUUUUUUUUUUUUUCUUAUUUUAUAAUCGACGCGAUCGGAUUACGACGAUUAGAAACACGUCUUAAAGAAUUCGAAUUCGAUACAGAGAUCGUUGUUACACGGAUGACGAGUAAUCAGCGGUCGGAGUGCGAACCAAGGAAAAGAAUAAAUCGAAUCGCGAACGUACCAAAACCCGUAAACGAUAUUUAUCGUGCGAGAUAAGAAGAAGGGCCGGUCGCUGAGAGAGUGGCGGAAAUCGAUGCGACGCCGAUAUACGGACUACCAGGAGGGACAAGGGUCGGUUUAUGAUAAAUCACGGCACGAUAACCUCGGAUUAAUUACUCGGUUCUUUUCUUCGUUUUCCUCGGUUCUUUACGAUGCGCCUCUCGACGACGCGUUUUACGUGAAGAAAGAACAGUGUGCGCAGGAUAGAGCGGCAGGCGGGCCGAUAAGUUCGACGUUUCGGUGAAAGUCGUUGCUCGCGGUCGAACGCGACUGGUCGUGCUAUCUACAAAAAGAAAAAGAAAAAGGACGUUCGUUCGACAAGGAAGAAGAUCGUCCGUGUUACGAAUGUGAAUAUCUACGAUAAGUAAUUGGAAAUAACAUCGAGGAAGAUGGAAGCCCACCAAGGUGGCGGUUUAUCGUCUGCUGCGACAGAAACGGAAGCUGGACCGUCGAGCAGCGAACGAUGCGGCAACGAGCAAUGCACCAGCACUCUGGACGAUGCAGUGGGCAAGCUACUUCAAGGCUACGACUGGACCCUGCUUCCGGUCACUUCUCGCGCAGGAGGACGAAGAAGCGCUCACGUGAAACGUCCGAUGAACGCGUUUAUGGUUUGGGCUCAAGCGGCCAGACGCAGAUUGGCGGAUCAAUAUCCGCAGCUUCACAACGCCGAACUUUCGAAAACGUUAGGAAAACUGUGGAGAAUCCUAAGCGACGGUGAGAAACAACCGUUCAUAGAGGAAGCUGAGAGACUGAGGAACGCGCACAAAAAGCAACAUCCGCAUUACAAGUAUCAGCCGCGUCGACGGAAACCAAAAUCGGAGGAACAAAUGGGCAUCGUGAUGCAUCGAGCUACUUUGUCCUCUCCAGGCACGUCUCUAGACUCUACCAACUCGUCCGACUGCACUUAUCCUCGCCUAUAUCCAGAUACCGGGAUCAAAACGUACGACAGACCGACUUACCACGAUAGCAAAACCAGCUACGAUCUGUCGAGAUCGGCUUGGUCCGCCGACACGAGCAAAUACCCGGUCGAUCAUUCGAUCGUAGAAAGCAAACCGUACGACGGUAUCAGAUACGAAUCGAACGUAGCGGCGAAAAGCUACGUGGACGCCAAGUGCUACGAGACGGUCAAGUAUCACGAGGUAUCUACCGCUGCAAAAUAUCACGAGACGAUUCCAAAGUAUUCCGAGUUGCAAACGAAGCCUUACGAUCUACCCAAAUACCCGGAGAAUCCCUUAAAAUAUCCCGCGGAUGUUACCAGCCCGGGCAAAUCAUACGCGUGCGUACACAGCCAGUAUUACUCCGCUCCAGAGGGAUACACGAUGCACGAGGAGAACGAAUACCAAACGCAGGGAGUUUCGACCCAUUCUUUCUAUCCGUAUAUUUCCGCGUCUAUGACGCAACCGCCUUAUUACAUGGGUCCUCGAUAAAUCGCUCUCGUGCGAUGUGUUUUAUUCAGGGACCGAAAAUAACAGUUGUUUUCUAUAUUUUUACGGAAAAUUUCCAAAAAAAAAAAUGAAUUUUUGCUUAAACAAAAAAUUUUUAACAGAUUAAAUGAUUUAAAAUCGGUAAUUUUUAGGUAUUCUAGUUACGAAUAACUAUUAUAAAUGAUUAACAUUUUUUUUUUUUGGUUAUCGAUCAUCAUCAUCGAUGACGGAAAUUAUUUUAGAUUACAGGUAAUCGUUAUGGACGAUGAGAACAUUUUUCGGUUAUUGGUAACCAUUACUGGUAACGCAGUUUGUUUUUUUAUUACCGAUAACCAUUAUCAAUGACGGAACCUUCCUUUCUUAAGAAUAACAAAAUUUUAAUCAUUUAUAAUAAUGAUUAGUCCUGACCAAACUCAUUUAGAAUAAAAUACGAAUUCUUAUACCAUAACUUUCUCAAUUUCGGUUACAACAAUCAUGGUCCCUGGUUUUAUUCGUUCGCGUAAUUCUGCGCCCGAGAUGAGCGUGCGCGCCAGUGUGUGGGCAUCGAUAGUUUGUUAGACCGCUUAGUACUGUCUUUUCUUUCUUUGCUAUUUAUUUUUUUGGCAACAAUGCGAUGAAAUAAACAAAUAAAUAAACGAACAAAUAUCUUGUCAGCAUCUAGUUUGAUGAAGAAAUACGAGUUGCCUAUAUGUACAGUAUAAUUCACUCUCUAUUAUUUAUUAGUAGACUGCGAAUAUUUAUACCGAUUCAAAUUUUUAUAAAUACAACGAUGCAGAUUCUAAACAGAGAUUCUUUCGCCUACUAAGUAUCCUAUUCUCGAUAUUUUUGCAUCUUCAAAUUUCACAAAAAUGCAUAAACAUCCGCAGUCUAUCAUACACCACCACCAUUUCUAAAACCGCCAUCAAUCCUACAUUCACCUAUCGAACACACGCGCUACUUUAUGUUUUAUACAUAUGUGUGUGUGUGUGUGUGU